AUGCUGCCCGAGCGACUCCUGCGCAAAGCCGGCUGUGCGUGGCUCUGGGCGCCGGAGAGCAGAGGGCGCGGCUGCUGCUGCUGCUGCCGGGCGCCGCCUCCUGCCUCGCAGCGCGCUCCUUUCGCUCGGGGAAACUUGGGGCAGCCAAGACUUCGCCGCCGCCUCCUCCUCUUGCGCUGCUGGCGGCUCUGCGCUUCUCCUCUCCGGCUCCCGAGCUGCCCGUUUCCCCCUCCCGGCAGCCGGCGGCUCAGCGCAGCCACGUGCGGCGGCAGGAGGGAGGGAGGCGGUCGGUGCUCUCCGCCAGGCGGCUGCCCCGGGGCCAGAUCCAGCCAGGCGAGCGCGGCGAGCAGCCUUCUCGCGGCGGCGUCGGAGGUCUACGGCUCAAGGUCGGCCCACAGGCCAGGCGCUUUCGGCAGCGGCGGCGCGGAGUUGGCCGGUUGCUGCGCCGAGAAGGAGCAUUGCGCUCCUCCGACUCGGCAGCGCGGGAUCCGUCGGGGGCUCAGCGGCGGAGAGAGGGGCGCUCGGCUCGGCUGCGGGGAUUUUGUGUGUUUGUUUAUUUUGAAAGAGUCUCUUUAUGCGCAGGUGGGGCUCCGAACUGUGCCCGGGGAAGACCCUCCCCACCCCCACCCUGAGCUCCGAAGUGAAGCCUGUCAAAGUCCGGAGCAAAGGGCUGGCCUGACUUGCGCGUUUGUUUCUGCUCUGUUUCAGGAAAUCUCCAACUGA